GCAGAACUCAAGCCCUAGGCCACAGAAAAAGGGGCAGGCCUCUGUGGAGGGAUUUCUAACAUUAAGUGAUUAAUUUUAUUGGUCAUUGGCAGUUGGUCAUCAGUACUCAACGUUGGCAACUCAGCCAAUCCUGUGCGGAAGUAUUCCUGGGCUUGUCCCAAAGCAGUUGCGGUUUUGCCGGAAUUACAUGGAGAUUAUGCCAAGUGUGGCAGAAGGAGUGAAAAUUGGGAUUCAGGAAUGCCAGCAUCAGUUCCGAGGGAGGAGAUGGAAUUGCACAACAGUUGAGGAUAAUUUGGCAAUUUUUGGACCUGUUUUGGAUAAAGCAACAAGGGAAUCUGCUUUUGUUCACGCCAUCGCCUCAGCAGGUGUCGCCUUUGCCAUUACUCGCUCAUGCGCUGAGGGCACUGCAAACAUCUGCGGCUGUGAUAACCGGCACAAGGGCAAGCCGGGCGAAGGCUGGAAAUGGGGUGGAUGCAGUGAGGAUGUAGAGUUCGGGAGCAUGGUGUCACGAGAGUUUGCAGAUGCCCGAGAGAACAGGCCAGAUGCCCGUUCCGCCAUGAACCGGCACAACAAUGAGGCCGGCCGCAUGGCCAUUUUGGACCACAUGCACCUGAAGUGCAAGUGUCAUGGACUAUCAGGGAGCUGUGAGGUGAAGACAUGCUGGUGGUCACAGCCUGACUUCCGUGUGAUUGGAGAUUACUUAAAAGAUAAGUAUGACAGUGCCUCUGAGAUGAUCGUGGAGAAACAUCGAGAGUCCAGAGGUUGGGUGGAGACCCUUCGUCCCAAGUACACUUUGUUCAAAGCUCCAACAGAGAGAGAUUUGGUCUACUAUGAUACAUCACCAAAUUUCUGCAACCCAAAUCCUUCAACUGGCUCAUUUGGCACGCGACACCGAAAGUGCAACAUCACAUCACAUGGAAUUGAUGGAUGUGAGUUGCUAUGCUGUGGCCGUGGACAUGACACAAGGACUGAGAAACGUAGGGAGAAGUGUCACUGUGUCUUCCACUGGUGUUGUCAUGUGAGCUGCCAAGAAUGCACACGCAUCCACAAUGUUCAUACUUGCAAAUAGAGGAAGGAAGAGGCUUUCUGGGAAAUUGGUGAUGGUCCUGAAUUGAAGCAUCUUGCUACAUGUAGAAGAUCAAGAUCCUAAGCCAAGGCUCAUCUUUGUGCCCAUGGAUUGAUGUUAUUUUGCAAACAAUGCCUUUUACAUACUCUUAUAGAAAAAAACCAGUGUUGACCAAAUCUUCACACAGUGAAACCUUGCAGCCUGAUCACAAAGAAUGACAGAAUUGGGGUUGUAAUCUUUAUAGCAUUGGAAAACCUUCAGACCAUCUGAUACAAAUAAGCUGUGUCUGAAAGAACAAGGGUGGAUCCUACGCUCUGCUGUCUAACAUUUACAUCAAAGAAGUAGUAAAACUAUUUUCUCAAGGUCUGAAAGGGAAUUCUAGAAGUGGGAGACAGGCUACCAAUGAACAUUCUGAGUGAAAACAUAGAUCAGAAUGACAAGGCCCAUUGGGCAGAUAUGGUAGUAAAAUUAUUGUGGACCUAUUUAAGUUUUUGAAUAAAUUCUAGCAUAGUAAACUAUCUAAGAAAUUCAGUUUUUACAACUGUCUAUUUACUCAUGUUUCCUGAUGGAUUUGUUCACUUCACUCAUCUUCAAGAGCAAAUUGUCUACAGAUUUACUAAUAUCGCUCAUUACCUAAACCAUUUAUUCAGUCAAAUAAGUUGCUUGGUUAUAAAAUGUUUUCAUUUACUAAGUCUGACUAGUUUACAAUGAGAACAUCCAUGAAAGGUAUCCUACAGUUGAUGUGACUUCUAACUAUCUGGUAAUACAAGAGCUUUCAUUUUAUAUUUGCAAACAAAACAAGCCUGUCUCAUCUUUGAUAUUACAACUAGACAUUUUUUUAAUGGCAACGUUUUUUUUCAGGUCUUGAUAAAUCAUCAAGUUACCAAGUUAUCAAGGCAAUGCCUUGAUCAAUCAUAGUCAAACUGCUUGAUUUAAAAUUUAAAGCCUGUCAGCCAAGUGUCAAUCAUCAUUAACUAGUGCAAUCUCCAUGGUAAUACAUAUACCAGUCAGAAACCACUUGCCAACCAUUCAGUGCACACUCCUCUUGCAAAAUGGUUUUCCUUCAAAAUGGUAUUUUUGUGGAUUAUCCAAAUGAGUAGAAGAUGGAAAGCUUUGACAAAAUGUAUCUUUUUCUGCAAUACAGAAGUAAGUUACUGUAAUAAAACAACUAUCCAAAAAUGGAAAACAAAGUUGAGUUUGAGGUGCUUGACUCUAUUUAGAGAAUAAUGAGUUCCACAAAGUGGGCAGCCUGUCAAUAUGUUAGACCAUUGAUCAAAAAGGAAUAGUGGACAUAAGUAAAACUCAAGUACCAUUAAUUUAUUAUUUUUUUCACUACGUUGAUACCAUGGCCUGAAUUUUACCAUAGGCUUUGAAACCCUGAUGUCAUUGAACUCCAAGUCUGCACUUAUUGCCUUCGCAGUUUUACCACAGGUAUAUCUUCUAGUCCACACAUAUGCCUGAAAGCCUGGUGUCCUGUUGAGAAUGGGAGACACCUGACACUGCAGGCCCAGUUACCCUUUUAAGGAGCUAAUUGCAGCCAAGAGAGCUCCUUUCCUCUUUAGGCCAUCAAGCCAAUGGUGCCAAUGCUGCAGGCUAUCUUAUGGAGGCCACAUCCAUUCACCUCUUCAGGGAAAAGGACUCAUGCCACCAUUGGCAAAUGCUGUUGACCCUGUAAAAUACUCCUAAUAAGGUCAUUAA